CUUUUUACACAGUCCAGAACCAUUAGUCCUUCAUCGUGGGUCACAGUGCAACAUCAAAUGUCUGCAACGUUCAUCAGGUAAAGCCUGAGAUGGUUAGUAUGGGGACUCAGACUGAAUGGUUUGAGGAACAAACAUCAACUCCACUGCCCAGUCCUGUCCAAAGUGAGGACGAAUCAUCCUCUGAUGUCAUGGACCAUUCUGAUCUGACAUGGAUCCCAGACGAGGAGAUGAGUAGUGAGUCAUCUGAUGAGGAGAAUCCAGAAGAGCCAAUACAGGAAUCCUUCAAUGACUCCAAUGUGGCUGACAAGUUCAUUGUUUGUCUAAGCCAGCUGAUGUGUCUGUUCACUGUUUGCUCGGUCUGUUGUGGGGAAACCCAGGGACAAAUAGAGUACCAGGAAGGGACGUACAUAAAAAUCAAGCAGGCCUGCACAGCAUGUGGCUAUCAGCGUUACUGGCAGAAUCAAAAUAUGCUGCACCAAAACAUGCCAGCCUGCAAUCUUCUACUUAGCGGUGCCAUUCACUUUUCGGCCUGCAUGGCUACUCAGACAAUCAGGAUGCUGAAGCUGUUUGGGCUGCAGUGCAUCAGUGCCAGCACUUUUUUCCGCCAUCAGCGCCACUACACAAUUCCUACCAUCGUGCAGGCCUGGCAGAAGGAGCAGAGAGGGAUCAUCAGAGAGCUGAAGGAGAUUGGGGGUGGACUGAUCCUCUCUGGUGACUGCAGACCGAAUAAACAAGGUUUUGGAUCUUCAACUUGUCCAGAGCUCCGAGGUCCCAAGCAGCACCUGGUGUGAGAUAGAGGGUCUGAAGCGCAGUGUGCGGUUCCUGAAGGACCAAGGCAUGCAGUUGUCAGCCCUAAUAACCGACAGAAAUCGGCAGGUUGCUAAGUGGGUCCGUGAGGAGUUGUGUCCAGAAGGAACAAGGCAUUUCUACGACAUCUGGCAUAUUGGGAAAAGUCUACAAAAAGCACUGGAUACUGUGGCCAAGGAGAAAGAUUGCGAGGACCUGAAGCUAUGGAGACCCGCCAUCAUCAACCAUUUAUACUGGACUGCGGCUUCCAUCCCAAAUGGUGAUCCUGAUCAGAUGGAGGCCAAGUGGCAGAGCAUGUUGAACCAUGUUCAGGAUGUACAUGAACACAACUACCCUUUAUUUCCACAAUGUGUUCACCCACCUCUGGAAGGAGAGGGAAGGAACAAGCAGUGGCUUGAACCAGGAUCAACAGCCGCGGUAAAGUUGGAAAGUGUUGCUUCCAG